AUGGCUAGUGCUGAAGACCAACCUUUAAUUAAUUCAUCGCAAGAAAAGUUGCUUACCAACACAUCUCCUAAACCAUAUGAACUUAUCAAAAUAGCUCCUGAACUCUGUGAACUUACCAACACGACUCCUAAACCUUGUGAAUUUAUCAACACAGCUCUUAAAACCUCUGAAAAUACAAAUUUAAAUAAGAAGCAAAAGUGCACCGAUAGUGGUGAAAUUUUUUAUCACUCCAAUUUAAUUUCAUCAGCAUCUUUAGUAAGGAAUAUCGACAAGAUCAAAUUCACGACUUGGUUUGACUUCUUGGCUGACUUUCAGUCUGGCUACAAUCUCUCGCGUGUUAAUGAACUUACUCGUGUACAUACUAUUAGGAUGCCUUCGCGUGUUAAUGGACCUAAUUAU